AUGACCUACAUGUGUCUAGUGAGGAUGAAGCCAGGGCGCGAUGAGCGCACUUACAACAACCCUUUGAUGGAUUGUUCAAGCAUGGGUGAAUCAAAGACCAUUCACAUUACCUUUGAAGACCUGGAUGUCCUGUCCGCUCAUGACCGGUUGGGGGAUGGGAAUGGAUUGAAGGCCGUCCACUUCCAAACCGAGGGUGACCACCGGUCAUUGGACUUGGGUUUUCCCGCGUCAGAUGACGACCGGAUAACCGACACUCGCAACCACCCACAGCCGGACAUCUUGGAUAUGCAAUUCCCCACCAUGUCUGACGAUGAACAGUCACAUGACGAGAUGCUGGAAUUAGGAUUUCCACCAGAGUCGGACGUCGAAGAUGUGCUAGAUUUGGGGUUUGAUAUUGACGUCAGUGAUUCAGCCGGUAACACAGAUGGGGCUCUGGAGAUGGGGUUCGACAUCGACGUUAGCGAUCCGGCCGGACACACAGAUGGGGCACUGGAGAUGGGCUUCGACACCAAUGAUAUCAUGCCGGAUGACAACCCUCUGGAGAUGGGUUUUGAUGUGGAUCCGGCACAAUUUGACCCGGAUCAAUCUUUUGCUGUCAUUCGACCGGAUCCCAUUGGAUUUGUAAUCCAGCGGGCUGUAGGCGAUUUGCGGAUUGCAAUGCACCGGUUGGACAUGGACCGGGCGAGCAAUGCAAUGUCGCCGGACGAGGCCAUUGCAAGACAGCAAGUUCUUGACAGCACACAAGAGUUGUUGCUGGCAUGUCAACUGAUAUCCAUAUCUCGACUUGCAACAUGA